AUGUGGAAGGAGGCCGUGAAUCUGGUGCAGAUGCAGGAGCCGACUUUGCAGCCGGAGCAACAGUCCAAGCUCAAACAGCUUGUGAAUGAGGAGAACUUACGGAAGCAGGAGGAGUCCCUGCAGAAGCACCAUCAGACCUUCUUUGCGUCCAUCAGGACAGCUGUCACCAUGUUUGGGGAAAGAUUCCGUGCCUUUGUGACAGAUCGGGACACAGUGACAGCCACGGUUGGGCUGACGCUGCUGGCUGGCGGGGUCUACUCUGCCAAGAAUGGAACAGCCGCCCCGGUGCGCUUCAUCGAGGCUGGGCUGUUCAAGCCAUCCCUGGUGAGUGAGAAGUCCCGUAUCAUGGUGCUGGAGUCGCUGCAGCACCCUUUCCAGGUCCGCCGGAAGGUCCUCAGUCGGCCCCAGGACGUGCUGGAGGGUGUUGUGCUGAGUCCCCGCCUGGAAGCAAAGGUACGCAUCAUGGCCAUAGCAACAAGGAACACGGAGAACCGCAGGCUGUACAGGAACGUCCUGCUGUACGGGCCACCAGGCACCGGGAAGACACUGUUUGCCAAGAAUCUCGCCCUGUACUCGGGCAUGGACUACGCCAUCAUGACAGGCGAGGACCUGGCCCUCAAGGGGCGGGAAGGCGUGACCGCCAUGAACGAGCUGUUUGACUGGGCCAAUACCAGCCGGCGCGGCUUCCGGCUCUUCAUGGACGACGCGGACGCCUUCCUUCGGAAGCCAGCCACUGAGGAGAUAAACCAGGACCUCAUAGUCGCCCAGGAUGCCUUCCUAUACCACACGAGGCAGCGCAGCAACAAAUUCAUGCUGGUCCCGGCCAGCCGCCACCCCGAGGAGUUACAGCAGGACAUCCAUGACAGCGUUGACAUGAUGUGUCACUUAGACCUGCCCCGGCAGGAGGAGCGGGAGCGCCUGGUGAGAAUGUAUCUUGACAAGUAUGUUCUUAAGCCGGCCACAGAAGGCAAGCAGAGCCUGAAGCUGGCCCCGUUUGACUAUGGGAGGAAGUGCGUGGAGAUCGCUAGGCUGACGGUCGGCAUGUCGGGCGAGAAGAUCGCACAGCUGGCUGUGUCCUGUCAGGCCAAGGCAUAAGCCCCCGAGGAUGGGGUCCUCACCGAGGCCAUGUUGGAUGCCUGUGUGCGAGACUUUAUCCGGCCGCACCAGCAGAUAAUGCGCUGGCUGAAGAGCGGGCCUGGGCCUGAGGACGAGCACCCCUCAACCUGA